AUUAGAAAACUUAGUUUUGUGAUUAUGAAAACAAUGGAUUUCAACAUUUUAGAUUCAAUACCAGACUUAGACAAUUUGAAGACCUUCACAGAGAGAUACUUUUCAAAACGAUACUUAAUCAAUGUAGAUGGCAUAAAAAAUAAUGAUAUGAUGAUAAUGUUUCAUUCAAACAGAAUUGCAUUGUUAUCUUUAGCACCAAGCCAUUCCUUCUUCAGUAAAAACGAAAAUUACAAAAUAAACUUCAAUGUUGGUAAAAUUGAUCGAUUGAACAAUUCUGUCAAAGGAAAAAGUAAAAAGGGCGGACAACUAUUAUCUCCAAAAUCUGUGAUUUGCAAGAUAGAAUUCAGUGAUGAAAGCGUAUUUGAAGUGCCCUGUUGCAUGAAAGGUACUUUGGUUGAAGUUAAUGAAGAACUUGUACAGAAUCCAUUGUUGCUGAAAAACAUGCCAGAUUCUGAUGGAUUUAUUGCCAUUAUGCUAGCAAGUAUAGCAAUUUCAGAAGCGACAAAAAGUGAGUUGUUAACUCAUGAAGAGUACAUAAAAUGUAUUGAUUGUUCUGUUAAUAAAGAAUAGUAUUAACUUUUUAAA